ACCUAAUGGAAUUAGUACAACCUUGAUUGUUAGAUCAAGGUCGCACAUGAUAUCGUUUGUUGAAAUCGUAUAGUCUUCUGAUUGGAUAGGCUAAUUAGUAUAUAAACUGAUUUUCUGUCGUCCGUACUUCCGAUUAGUACUUUGACGCUCAGCAUCGUUCUAGUCAUGAUGUCUAUGGAGGAAAUCAGAGCACUUUUUGAUUAUGCAGAUACCGACAAAUCGGGGAAACUUUCCUCGAAAGAAUUAAAGAGGAUAUUAGAAUUAAAUUCUAAUCGCAAACUGUCAGAACAUGUUGUUCAAAAAUUUAUGGAAAAAUACGAUCUGGAUGGUGAUAAAGAGUGGGGCAUUGAUGAACUGGUCCAGUUUUUUUCCUCAUGAGUAAUAUGAUACGCAAAAUGAAUGUAUUGCUUUUUAUUCCUAUAUAAAUUAAAUUCCUGUUUACCAAUAUUAUGUUCUUCAUGCAAUUAGAAUUGCGACUAUAGUUAAUCAGUAACAAAGGUAGAUGUAAUUACCUCGUUCCCGUGUUUUUUAUACGUUCUAAUGAGCAGAUACUAUUUAUUCAUCAUCGUUCUCGAUGUUCAGAUGAUCAGUCUGCAGUAUAGCUAACAGCCUCGACCUGAAGCGGUUUCAUGAAUCGCUAGUCUAAAGCUAGGGAACUAAGAGUAGACUUCCUAGUGUAACCUUUCGAGUGAAGUUUUCUUCGUGGGCACUUCGAAAAGCUGACAAACUGGCGUCACAGGACGAUCCGAUAAUUAUCUAGCCAAAGCUUCAAAUAACUGCAGAUAGAAUGUCCGUCACGAAAAGGC